AAGGACAUAGAAACUAUGCCAUACAGGAAAAGGCCAACCCAAUGCACAAACUGUAUGCUCUAUGGACAUACAAAAACAUCAUGUAACCAGCCACCCAAGUGUAGAAGGAAAGUAGGUGUAGGGCGGUGUCAUAAAAGACGUUGCCGCAAUGGAGGCACUUGCAAGCAGAUUGGACCCUCGAAAUGGAAAUGUUUAUGUCGACGUGGAUUCAGAGGCAGGAGGUGUAGAAGGAAAGUAGGUGUAGGUCGGUGUCAUAAAAGACGUUGCCGCAAUGGAUGCACUUGCAAGCAGAUUGGACCCUCGAAAUGGAAAUGUUUAUGUCGACGUGGAUUCAGAGGCAGGAGGUUUAGAAGGAAAGCAGGUACCAAAAAACGUCCGUGUAGGAGAAGACGUUGCUACAAUGGAGGCACUUGCACGCGGCGUAGAAUCAUCAAAAAGUUUAAAAGGAGAGGGAGAACGGGAUGGAGAGUGAGAUGGACCUGGAGUUGUAAGUGUCGACGUGGAUUCAAAGGCCGAAAUUGUCGAAAGAGAACACCGAAACAAGGUACCAAAAAAAGUCCGUGUAGGAGAAGACGUUGCUACAAUGGAGCCACUUGCACGCGGCAUAAAACCAUCAAAAUUUAUAGAUGGAGAGGGAGAACGCGACGGAGAGUGAGAUGGACCUGGAGUUGUAAGUGUCGACGUGGAUUCAAAGGCCGAAAUUGUCGAAAGAGAACACGUACCAAAAAACGUCCGUGUAGGAGAAGACGUUGCUACAAUGGAGCCACUUGCACGCUGCAUAAAACCCUCAAAACUUUUAGAUGGAGAGGGAGAACGGGACGGAGAGUGAGAUGGACUUGGAGUUGUAAGUGUCGACGUGGAUUCAAAGGCCGAAAUUGUCGAAAGAGAACACGUACCAAAAAACGUCCGUGUAGGAGAAGACGUUGCUACAAUGGAGCCACUUGCACGCUGCAUAAAACCCUCAAAACUUUUAGAUGGAGAGGGAGAACGGGACGGAGAGUGAGAUGGACUUGGAGUUGUAAGUGUCGACGUGGAUUCAAAGGCCGAAAUUGUCGAAAGAGAACACGCAAAUGACAUCUGGAUGACACG